AACCAACACAUAGCUUCAUCAAGAAAAUUAUAUUACCAAAGUAAUUAGGCAUAACCAAAAACAAUGACCAUUUGUUUCUUCUUCUUUGGCCUUACCUUGGUCAUCCUUCUUUCAGGAAUUCACUCAGCAACUCUCACCGUGAAGAACAAUUGUCCCUACACAAUAUGGCCAGCAACCCAAACUGGCGGUGGUGCAGCCCAGUUAUCAAACACUGGUUUCGUGUUAUCCUCCCAAGCAUCAGUCUCCGUUGUCACUCCUGCUCCUUGGAGCGGUAGGCUGUGGGCUAGAACACAAUGCUCAACAGGCUCUUCCGGAAAAUUCAUCUGUGCCACAGCCGACUGCGGCUCUGGUCAGGUUGCAUGCCAUGGUGCUGGGGGAACCCCGCCAGCAUCCCUUGCAGAAUUCACACUGGCAUCAAAAGGGGGGAAAGACAAUUACGACGUCAGCCUCGUGGAUGGCUUUAACCUGCCUCUCUCGAUAACUCCUCAGGGCGGCUCCGGUGAAAAUUGCACCACGACCAGUUGUGGCGCUAAUAUUAAUGCAGUCUGUCCUUCGGAUCUAGCUGUUAGAGGGUCUAGUGGGAGCAUCAUCAGUUGUAAAAGCGCUUGCGUUGCGUUCAAUCAACCGCAGUACUGUUGCACUGGCAUGUUCAAUUCGUCAAAUACUUGCAAACCCACGAACUACUCAAUGAUCUUCAAGAACGAGUGUCCUCACGCUUAUAGUUAUGCUUAUGAUGACAGGUCAAGCCUCUUCUCUUGCACCGGCAGCCCCAAUUACCUUAUUACUUUCUGCCCAUAAUGAGUUCCACUUCCAUGUGAUAAUAUAAGGAUUAUAAUGAAGCUAAAAAUAAAUAAAGUUGGAUAUCACCAACGGCCAUGUGUGGUCUUGUAAUAGAAUUAGUAUUCUUAGUAAAAGGUUUAAGGGUUUUAUCUCCUAAUCUUAAAAAAUUAAAGAAUUUCCU